CAUAAUUUUGAUUCAGAUUCUGCCCUACAUUAAGGAAUUAGUAUCUGAUACAAAUCAACAUGAAAAAUCAGCUUUAGCUUCCGUAAUUAUGGGAUUAUUUACAAUCUUGGGCAGAGAGAAUACCAUUGAACAUCUUCUACCUCUUAUUUUAGCUCAGUUAAAGGAUGAGUGUCCUGAAGUCCGCUUGAAUAUCGUCUCCAAUCUGGAGUGUGUAAACGAAGCGAUUGGAAUUCGUCAGCUCUCUCAAUCUCUCCUUCCUGCCAUCGUGGAGCUGGCUGAAGACGCCAAGUGGGAGGCCCGGCUGGCCCCCGCUGAGUGUAUGCCGCUGCUGGCGGGUCAGCUGGGUGUGGAAUUUUUUGAUGAGAAGCUGAACUCUUUGUGUAUGGCCUGGCUUGUGGACCAUGAAGGGAACCCUAAUCUGACCACAUACUUGCCAGAAAUAUACAGUGAUGAAGAAGGGCUUUGUGUAAAGUCUGGGUAGCUUCCUCUGAGCACAAGUGUGACAUUUCUAGUUACCACCAAUUUCUUCCUAUCUUAAAUUUUACUCUCUCCAUUAAACAAUAUCUUUGUCCUAUUUAUUUCGCAUUCUACUACAUUAUUUUCAGACUGUCUUUUUUAUAAAUGCACUCUUUUCUUACCCCAAACCCUUCUGUUGGACCGUUCACCAUUGGUGUCUUUGGCCGUCAUAAACCGGGCUGCACAGGGACUGGAAUGGGAGGAAAGGCCUGGGGGAGAACAGGCUGCUUUCCUUCUUUGGCACCAUGGAGGGGAGGUACAGAGUGGUGCAGUAGAGGAGUCCAGGAAAGAGAGACAUCAGCUACGACUUGGGACCGGGGCCAAUUUCUGGUGUUGGUGAAACAUGGCCAGUACCCUGGCUACUGAAGCUUGGUGCUGAGAGAGGGCAAACCGCAAGCUCAGGGCAGGGUCAGAUGGGACAGCAUUUAGGAUGUAGGUUCUCAUAGUUUAUCUUCUCUUUGCAUUUAAAAUAUAAUUAACUUCAACAGUCACAGAAUCCUUGUCUUCCAGUGCCACAAACUGUUACCACUGCAAGCUGGUACUGCUGCUUACCAAAAUAUACAAGACAGUUGUUUUCCAUAAAACCACUUUACCUGCUAACUUGUCAGCAUUUGACUUUCUGACAAGGUCUCAGGUCCAAGGUCUGCUCUUGUCUGCCAUGCACCAAUGGGUGGGAGGGGUGCCCUCUGUACCUGUGCUGUUCAGUGCCAGUCCCCGUGUCCAGACCCGGCAGCUCAGUGUGGUCAGGCCUGUUCAGAUGAGGCCCUGGGAGCUUAGCUCAUGCUGUCCUGUGUGAGCUGUUCUCUAAUCUGGUGGAUACGAUAGGCACCCUGAUUAAUGUCUGUAGUAUCUUAUGUACUUUAUGCAUUGAGUGUAUCUGUUCUUCUGCAGGUGCUUAUACCUGGGUAUUCGUGAGGACUGGGACUAUAUACGUCUGCAUGUACAUGCAAGUGGAUUUGUUAAGGGCUUAUUUGGAUCAUAUGGGAAAUCAUAGGGUUAAGAGAGUGUGAAGAGGAGGGGAUGUGAAAAAAUAUGCAAAUCUUAUAUAAAAGCAUAUGUAUAUAUGUAGAUAAUUUCAGUGUUUCAAACUGGACUGUGAAGACUUUUUUUCUUGUCUUCUAAAGUUACCUUUUUAUACUUCUUUUUAAAUGAAACUUAAGUUUGGCAAAGCAUAGGGAAGAAAUUCGAUUCUAUUUAGAAAAAAAGUGUUUCUAUUAUUUCUGAUACAUAUUCAGUAUUAGUUGGAAUGACAUGUCCCAGCAGGUCACUUUAUGCUUUCUUUUAAAGCUGGCAUUUUAGGUUUAUUUUGAAGAACUUUUAAAGC